AAACAUACUGGGUAAACGCCAGCCAGGCACUAUUGAGGAGAGGUUCGAGAAAGACUGUUGCAAGUGAACGUAUAACUGCUCGUCUUUAUUGCCCCUUGAAUAGGAUAAAAUGAAGUUCUUAUUCCUCAUAGUACUUCUUGCCUAUUUUGUUGUCCCAAGUACUGCCUUGGAGUGUUUCCAAUGUGCCAUCAGUCAAUCUCUGUGUUCGAAGGAAACCUGCAAAAGUAAUCAGCUGUGUUACUCUGCAAAUAUUAGUGCAGGUACAGUAACUACCUUCGUCUCUGGAUGCGUAGACAAGGAACUGUGUGGGAAAACAAUCACUAACACAUAUGCUGGUGUAGAGUUAAAAUUACAGCCCAAAUGUUGUGAUUUCAAUAACUGCAACGGUGCCACGGCCGCUCAACUAUCCGUACUGGCUAUCUCCAUCAUGGUUCUUGUCUGGUUUGUGGGAUUCCAAUAGAGCAGUGUAACUCCUUCAAAAGACUCAUAUUCCUUCAUUUUACAUUCAGCUGUCCAUAAUAACAGCAGUAUUUGCAUAAAGUUUAUCUGUUCUUUGUGGUUUUUGUUUGCUGUUUUUAUUUUAAAUGGGGCAGAUUGGUACUUAUUCAAGGGUGCUGGAUUAGGUGUUAAGGGGGUGGCAUUGCCCAUUACUAGUUCCCUUACCUUGAAGUUUUGAAAAAAAAAGAGAGGAGGUUCCUGUUUAUUCCAGUAACAAGUUGCAAUUUACAAUCGUCAGAUCAAAAGAUUAUUGUCUUUACACUGAAGAGAUCUGUGUUCAGAAGCCCUCACUCUGGCUCAGAGUAAAUGAAGCUUUUAACCCUUUGUGAUGAUUAUUCAGUUAAUCCUGGCCUGCUGUGAUGAAUUUUCAUUUGCUUUCAAUCAUUUAUACUUUUUAAUAUUCACUCACUCAAUGUUUACGAUUUUCUCUAAAAUGAGAUUUCUAAUGUGCCUCUGUCAAAUCCAUGGUAUAAUUGUCUACAGUUCUACAUUUCUAUGAUGCUGAAUAACUGAUCUGAAUAUGUAAUAGCCAUGGGUACUUGCAGACUGCUUUAAAAGAAUGUGUCGAUUAUUGGGAAUGAAGUGAACGCUGACUGAGGUUUUCAUGAUAACAGUAUAAAUUGCAAUGAUUUGUGUAAAUUUAUAAAUGAUCAAUAAAACAUUUUCAACCUAA